GCCGCAGGGCUCGCUGGGCUGCCGGGGGCGGGCGGGAGCGAAGGGACGAGGCCCCGGGCAGCAGGACGGGGCUUGGGGGGCCGGCGGGUCUCCGGUGGGGGGUGGAGGCUUCAGGCGAGGCUGCCCCGGAGCACAAUGUCAAAACUGGUCACAAACAGCCCCUCGGGCGGGCAGGGAUGGGGUUAACCACGGCCCCCCCAGCUCCUCCAGCCACCUUCCUGGAGUGUCGGAGUUGUGAAGCCACUUGGGCAAUGGUUUUACACGGGAGGGAGAAAACAUGAAUGAGGUAAAGGAGGCUCUAAGAAAUAUAGAACAGAACUACAAGCUCUUCCUGCAGCAGCAGUUCACGUUUAUCGCGGCGCUGCAGCACACCCGAGAGAACGCGCACGACCUGAUCAGACCGGUGGCGAGCAUCAGCCAGGUACAGUCCUACAUGGACCAUUAUUGUAAUAAUACCACGGACAGGCGCAUCCUCAACAUGUUCCUGAACAUCUGCAGUGACCUAAGCAGGCUCUGCCAGAAGCUGGAAGCCGUGCAUUCUGGUAACAACGUAACCAACGGCAUUCUGGAGAGAUGCAAGCUGCUCCUGAGCCACAGCAACGACCUGAGCGCCAUCCGAGCUAAAUACCCUCAUGACGUUGUGAAUCACCUGAGCUGUAACGAGGCAAAGAACCAUUACGGAGGUGUGGUGAGCCUCAUCCCUGUCGUUCUAGACUGCAUGAAGGAGUGGGUGACCCACACCGAGAAGCUGCCACAGCGCGUGCUGCAGAACGUGAGUGGUGGAAGUGCUGUCUCUGAGAAGAGGGCACCCCAGGACGCACCAGCUAGGGCGGCCCCUUCCCAAACACCGCCUGCUGUGCACCUUGGAGCCCAGACCUCAGCUAGUAACAAAGAUAAUGUAGUGGUACAGGGGAGUAAACGUGUCUGGAAGAAGCUGAAUGACACAGAAAAUGACAGGGAGAAACUUAAGGGUCCCUGGAAACCACCGGGUAGACAUGCCUUUUAGAGGAUCAAGGUUCUUCUGCUUACCACCUUUAAUCAGGUGGCUGAUUAAAGUCAGUGAAAUGAAUACUAGAGAUCCUUCCUAUCCAAGUCCUCUUUCUGAAGAGUUAGCCCUGUAAGCCAGCCUUGGACAGACGCAAACUUCCCUCCCUUGCUGAUGUUUCUGCUCCUUAAUGUCAUAUCCCAACAGAAGCAGCUGUAGCACUGCAGCCGGUCCCUUUGACCAGCACUGCGGUGAGAGCAGGGAACGGUCAGGAGCAACCAGGUUCUCAUCGCACAGAUACGAAUCGUGGGCACGAUACUUGAAAUAUGACUUUACGCUUUCUCAGAUUUCUUUCUGAGGAACAUCUGUCCGAACACUCACUGUCCGAAGAUGGAGGUGUGAAGAACCUGCAUGUCUGAAGGACGCGAUGCAGAGCAGCAACGGCUGCUCAUUACGGAUUCAGACGUAUUUGAUGUUUAGACUUGUCCCUAAAGUUCCUUCACCCCCAUGGAAAUUGCCCAGUUGUUUGGAACAAAGAAUCACAGUUUACAGGACACAAAUAUCUCCCUCCCAUGUCACUGGCUACAAGAAAGAUCAUUGAGGUUUAGCUGCACCAACCCUGCUCUGCUGCAUCCUCCUUGCAGGUUCUCACACCAUUGCCAGCACCUGCCACUCAGAACAUCUUCUCUUACACCCAUUUGACUCCUUUGCUGUCAGAGCUGGAGAUGUAAAGGAUGUAAACUUCAUUUUACACUUAGUUUGGUGUACUAACAAUAUCCAAACUUGAAUAAAAACACCCCUGUCCUCCCCAGAGCUCUGCAAAGCUAACCAAGUCAUUUUCAGUCGACGUGAUUCAUAGGAAUCUGGUGGGAGCAGAGAGAAAGCUGUGGCCAUUAUCAGAUGUUUUCUUUUCAAAGUGCAAGUGAAAAUGUCUGUGAUUUCCCUUUUGGAGAUGAGAAUCCGGCUUGCCUAACUUUCAAGGGUUAUUAGGCUUAGAUCAUUAAAACUGUGAGGCAUUUGGAACAGUCUCAUGCUGCUUUCAUACCAGCACAGUGACUUUACACCAGUGCUGACAACAGCUUUCUUUCCAGCCUGCUCAGGAAGGGUCAGAGCCACAGGCUCUCCCCAUUCUCUGGAGCAGAUACACGUUUUUGGGGGUGUUUUUAGUUGAAGCACUGUUAAUUACAAACCGAAGAUCUCAAUGAUGCGGUGCCUUCCCUGUAUCUGACUGCUCUUUUCCCCUCCCACAGGCAAAUUAGCUCCUGUUCUUUGCUUCCUGCUGGAAGACACUCCUGAAUAAACUAUUUCCCCUUGCA